UCUACUUUGUUUCUACCAUUGCCCCUGCCAUUGCAAAGGUAAAUGGGAAAUCGAAUUCUCUUCCACCAUCAUCAACAACAUCUGCUUCGUCUCUGGGUUUCAGCCGGAACGGAGAGUUCAAGAUCCUACAGGUUGCCGACAUGCACUAUGCCGCUGGGAAGGCCACCCCUUGCGAGAACGUACUUCCCGAGCAGUUCUCCGGUUGUUCAGACCUCAACACCACCGCCUUCAUUGAGCGCAUGAUCCGAGCCGAGAACCCCGAUUUAAUCGUCUUCACUGGGGACAACAUCUACGCCGUGGACGCGACGGAUGCAGCAAAAUCUUUGGAUGCCGCUUUUGCGCCCGCCAUCUCGUCCAAAAUCCCAUGGGCAGCUGUGCUAGGGAAUCACGACCAGCAAUCCAAGCUGUCGAGGGAAGGUGUGAUGAAACACAUUGUUGGGAUGGAGGGCACCUUAUCCCGACUCAACCCUCCUCCUGCGCAUGAUGUUGUUGACGGCUUUGGGAACUACAACCUCGAGGUUUUUGGUGUUGAUGAGGAGGGUUCCACUAUGCAGAACAAGUCGGUCCUCAAUCUCUACUUUCUAGACAGUGGAGACUACUCCACGGUUCCCUCAAAAAUCCUUGGCUAUGGAUGGAUCAAACCUUCCCAGCAGCUUUGGUUCCAGAGAACUUCUUCUCAGCUCCAGAAAACAUAUAUGAGCAAACCAGAGGCCCAGAAAAAACCUGCACCGGGGCUUGCAUACUUCCAUCCAUUGCCAGAAUAUGCAAGUUUCGACUCUGCAGCAAACUUCACGGGUGUGAAACAGGACGGAAUUAGCUCAGCUUCAGUAAACUCAGGAUUCUUUGCAACCAUGGUAGAAUCAGGGGAUGUGAAGGCAGUAUUCACAGGCCAUGAUCACAUCAAUGAUUUCUGUGGAGAGCUAAGAGGUAUACAACUUUGUUAUGGUGGAGGAUUUGGAUACCAUGCAUACGGGAAGGCUGGUUGGGCAAGAAGAGCAAGGAUAGUGUUAGCAACUCUAGAAAAAACAGAUGAUGGGGGUUGGGGAGGGGUGAAGUCUAUCAGAACAUGGAAGCGACUUGAUGACCAACACCUUAGCGCCAUAGAUGCUCAGAUCCUCUGGAGUAUAUAAGA